AUGGCGCCCCCGGCCUUCUCCUCCCACGCCGGUUUUGAGGACUCAGCACCGUGGGAGAGGCUCCUGGUAGAGUCCGGCAAGUUGUUGCUACGGUGCGUGCGGGAGGCAUGGGAUCAGGAGCGCCUGAGGACCUUACGCGCCGAGGAGAAGGCACGGGCUGCGCUGGAGCAGGGCCGUGAGAGGAGUGCUCAGGCAAAGAAGCGCUCGCUGCUGCUCACCAGGCAGAUCAGGAAGGCGCCAACCCUCGCCGUCGACGGGACCAACAAUGGCGGGGACGACGAUCGGAGCGACGACGUGUGCGGCGUGUGCGCAGACGGCGGGCAGCUGCUGUGCUGCGACAGCUGCCCGUCCACCUUCCACCCGGAGUGCCUCGCCGUGGAGGUCCCUGAGGACUCCUCCUGGGUCUGCCACUACUGCCGCUGCUUCCUGUGCGACGACGGCCAUGGCAGCCUCUCCACCUGCCGUCAGUGCGCCCGCAACUAUCACCACCACUGCCGUGCGUCCGUGUUGGACGGGCACGAGAUCGCCCCCUACUGCAGCAAAGCCUGCAACAAGAUAGCGGUUAAUCUUUCAAACAUGGUGGGAGGCAUGAUCAGCACUGGUGAGGACGGCUACUCAUGGUCCCUGUUAAAGAUCCAGAGGGACUCCGGGUCGUCAGACCCCGCAGCCCUGCUGAAGUGCAACGCGAAGCUGGCGGUGGCGUUGGGCGUGCUGGAUGAGUGCUUUAAUCCCGUGAAGGACCGACUGACCGGCAUCGACAUGCUUCACCAGGCCGUCUACAGCCUCGGGUCGGAGUUCAAGCGGCUGCGCUAUGAAGGGUUUUACACCAUGGUUCUGGAGAAGGACACGGAGAUCAUAUCUGUAGCCUUGCUCAGGUUACAUGGAACCAAGUUGGCGGAGAUGCCUUUCGCGGGCACACUGCCGCAGUACCAUAGACAAGGGAUGAUGCGCCGUCUCGUCAAUGCCAUCGACAAGGUGCUAGAAUCGGUGCAGGUGGAGAAUUUGGUGAUCUCGGCGGUGGACGAGGCGGUGGACACAUGGAAGAAGUUUGGCUUCGUGCCCGUGGACCCACAGCUGAGAGAUGAGGCCAAGAGGCUCAGCAUGGUCACCAUUGCCGGCACCAUCCUACUCCAGAAGCCCAUCGUCCAGCAGCAGGUGUUGCCGAUAACCGAGGACGAGCUGGCGUUCAUGGAGAUGAGAUGGCCGCUCUGCAGCUUCGUCGACCUCUUGACCGGGAUUGCAUCCCCGCAGCCGCCAUAUGCUGACCCCAUUGCUGCUGCCGUGAGGGGGGCGGGCGGCGGUAGUGGCGAGGCAUAG